GAGAAAACGUAACGGUGUUGUGUUAUUAUCGACUGUGUUGUUGACUGCUAGCUGAGGGAAGCUAAGUUAGCCUUUACAUUACUGAAGUUAGCUAAGUUUGAUGCUAGCUAACACAAACCAAGAAGUAACGUUGAUGUUGGAUUAUUUAAUGUGUAUUUUUUUUUAAACCAGGCGUUUGGUUAACGUUGGCCUUUUGGGUUUUAUUAACGUUAGUUGGAUGUUAGCGUGCUUAAUGGGACGUUUCUAAGCCGAUUGAGAUGUUGAGUGAUUGUAUUGUGGUGUAAUAUCGUUGCCGUUAACUAUCACCAUCCGUGUAACGUUACUUGUGUUGUAGUAUGGGUCAACUGCUGAUGUUUUAAGGGCCGUUUAUGGCUUUAAACCGGCAAUUGCUGCAAGCUAACCACCACCGCCACGGCCGAGCAUCUAUCUCCCCGGCGUCGCCUUUUGGUGGCUAGCUCCAUGCUAACGGAGGGUCUGUCUGUCUGUGGGUUUCAAACGCUAGACCCCUGUCUUCCCCACUCGAGAGUGUUUCUUCAUCUCGGAGACUAAAUGCAACUGGACCAGGGGGCUUGUGGGCAUGAAGUGGCUGGGCGAAUCCAAGAACAUGGUAUUAAAUGGCAGACGACACGGAAACAAGUUGACCAGCGAGCAACAUGUGAGCCAGACUCGCUCUCAGCACUCACAGCGGGCUUCCCUGCGCCACAACAAAAACCGAAGCCGACGAUGUAGCCGCAGGUUUAGUGCAGCCAGUCUGGAGGCAGAGAGACGCUAUGUGCCCUCAUCAGGAAUGACUGCCAAGGAGUUGUGUGAGAAUGAUGACCUGACCACGAGCCUCAUCCUGGAUCCAUACCUGGGCUUUCAAACUCACAAAAUGAACACCAGAUUUCGACCAAUCAAGGGAAGACAAGAGGAGCUGAAGGAGAUCAUUGAGCGCUUCAAGAAACACGACAACUUGGAGAAAGCUUUCAGAGCUUUGACAACCGGGGACUGGUCCCGAAAUCUUUUUCUCCACAAGACGAAAGCUCAAGAAAAGCUCUUCAAGCAACAUGUAUUUGUGUAUCUGCGGAUGUUUGCCACAGACAGCGGGUUUGAGAUUCUCCCAUGUAAUCGCUAUUCAUCAGAGCAAAAUGGAGCUAAAAUUGUGGCAACAAAGGAAUGGAAAAGAAACGACAAGAUCGAACACCUGGUGGGAUGCAUUGCUGAGCUUUCAGAGAGUGAGGAAAACAUGCUGCUCCGGCACGGGGAGAAUGACUUCAGCGUCAUGUAUUCAACCCGCAAGAACUGUGCGCAGCUCUGGCUGGGACCAGCUGCGUUCAUCAAUCACGAUUGUCGACCAAACUGCAAGUUUGUAUCGACAGGACGGGACACUGCCUGUGUGAAGGUUUUGAGGGACACUGAACCGGGAGAGGAAAUCUCGUGUUACUACGGAGACGGGUUUUUUGGGGAAAACAAUGAGUUUUGUGAAUGCUAUACAUGUGAACGACGCGGCACUGGUGCUUUCAAAUCCAAAGCUGGCCUGCCAGUGGAAGUGCCGGUGAUCAACAGCAAGUACGGGUUGCGGGAGACGGACAAGCGUCUCAACAGGCUGAAGAAGCUGGGGGAAGGAAACAGGAGCUCAGAUAGUCACUCUGUAGGCUCCCACACCGACGUUGACUCUCAGGAAAUGCCAAAAACACAUCAAUCUGCCAGAAAAAGAACAUCAUCAUCAUCAUCAUCUGGCCUGAAGUAUAAAAACAGGACUCAAUCCAGACAGACUUUGUCAAGAGCCCUUACUACCUCAUGUUCAAAACAAGGUCGUGUAAACAAUAACAGGGUACCAAAGAGACUAAAAUCCCAAUCCAAGCCUUCACUAAGUAAAGUCCAGUUGCGGAGUCGCAGGAGGGGUGCAGAGCCCAAGGCGUUGGCCAAAGGAGAGACUUGCCAGCUGGGUCUCAGGGACUCAAAGGUGUCGCUUUGUAAAGGUGUCACCGUGAAGAAGGAGAAGGAUGGACAGGAGCUGGUGCAGCAGACAUUAGGCCAGCGGGGCUGCCUCACCCGUCACGCUGCCAAGGAAAAUUGCAAUCUACCGCACGUGCAAGGCAGCCAGUGUUCGACGUACAGAACUCGCAGGUCCACAAGGACCCUUGUAAAAGCCCAGGAAACGGCAGCUGGCGUUAAGCUGGAGCCCAGUGCUAUGGACGGCUUGAGCCCAGUCCCUGGUGGAGUGGUCAUUAAAACGGAGCCAGCCGACAUGGAGGAGUACCUCCGCCACGGAGUAGGGCUGGAGCAGCUGGCUUUGGACCCUGGCUAUGCCAGAAGAGGCUCGUGCACCAGGCGAAAACGGCUGGCACGGCUCCGGACCGAGCGGACGAUCAAAUGCGAGGACUCGUACGGAGAGCCCUUCAUCCCGGUGGCUGCUGGCCACGCCCCUAACUUCUCAGACUGUGGCAACGUGCUGCUGAGCUUCUCCGACCGGCACAGGGACUACAACGGGGUUUCCAACGGCAGCAAGUCCCUCCGCAGGGACAAGGGUAAGAGUGGCUGCCGGUCGCAGGACAAAAGCAAGAAGAAGCGUCAGAUCACGCGAUACGACGCUCAGCUGAUCCUGGAGAACAGCACGGGCAUCCCCAAACUGACGCUCCGCCGGCGGAGGGACAGCAGCAGUAGCAAGACCAAUGACGCCAACGACCCCGUUGGCUCCUCCAACCUUUCUGCCUCUACGGUCAACUCGGCCUCUUCCAGCAAAAUCAGCAUCAAGUUCAGCAAGGACCACGACAAGGACAAAGGCAGCUCAUACAUCGCCAAACUGAAUAACGGCUUCGCCCCCGUGGUCCACGGUAACUCCACCAAGCUGAAGAUCCAGCUGAAGAGAGAGGACGACGCACGGAGGAUAUCCCAGACGAAGGCGGACCAGAUGUCCUAUAACGGGGACAUGGGCCAGAGUCUGGAGGCCCGGCACGGUGGACAUCGGACCCAAAAGGUCCUGGCGGAGCCGUCAUCUGACGAGGACGACGAAGACGGCGACGACGAGGAAGAGGAGGACGAUGACGACGACGACGACGACGAAGAUGACUACUUCGACAAUGAGUUCGAAGACGAUUUCAUUCCGCUUCCUCCAGCAAAGCGCCUCCGACUCAUUGUGGGUAAAGACUCCAUAGACAUCGAUAUCUCCUCCAGGAGGAGAGAGGAUCAGUCUCUGAGGCUCAAUGCAUAAGCUGUGGAGCUCAUCACUCCCAACUUUCCCUCUGUAAAUAAAGAUGACUCGCUAAUCAA